AUGCGCUACGUCGCUCGCAACCGCCCCUUCGUCGUCCGAAAGGCCGCCUCCUCUUGGCCCUCCCACAAGAAAUGGAAUGCCGCCUACCUAGAAAGCGUCAUACGCUCCUCCCCCGUCAACGUCGCAAUCACACCCCACGGAAACGCAGACUCCAUCCUGCACCUCCCAGACUCCAGCGCCCUCUUCGUAAAGCCAUUCGAGACCACUCUCCCAUUCUCUAUCGCGCAGUCGAACAUCCGUGCCCAGGGAGUUGACGACACGUGGAAUGACUCGACAUAUUAUCUGCAGACGCAGAACGACAAUCUGAGAGGGGAGUAUGCAACAUUAUUCAAGGACGUACCAGCGAGCAUACCCUGGGCUCGCAUAGCCCUCGAUCAAGACCCCGACGCUAUAAAUUUCUGGCUCGGCAACAGCGCGAGCACGACUGCGCUGCACAAAGAUAACUACGAGAAUGUAUACGUACAAGUGCUCGGCAAGAAGCAUUUUGUGCUGUUGCCGCCAGUGGAGGCGCCGUGUGUCAACGAGAAGGCAGUCCUGGCUGCGACGUAUGGGAACGAUGGGCCGCCGGACUCGACUUUACAUUUGAAAAAGGAUAUGGUUGUGAAGAUCGAUGGAGCGGAAGAAGGAGAGGAGGGGCAGUAUGUCCCCUUUGCAACGUGGGAUCCAGAUAGACCUGAAGAACACACGACGCCGUUCUCAAGGUAUUCGCAAGCGCUGAGGGUGACGCUUGAAGAGGGGGAUAUGCUGUAUUUGCCGGCGCUGUGGUAUCAUAAAGUGGGUCAAAGCUGUAAUGCUGAAGGGCUGUGCUGCGCUGUGAAUUAUUGGUAUGAUUUAGACUUUAGCGGUGGUUUCUGGGCAACUAGCUCGUUCGUGCGCGGCGUGGGGUUGAUUGAGCAGCAGGGACGAAGGGGGAAUGCGUAG